UUGUUUACAGAGUGAAAGUGACAGGAGCCGGGGAGAGAGUGGGAAGCAGAACGCCGGCGCUUCUCUCAGCCACGUCCCUCUUCCCUUCCCUGUCCCACCAUGUCGGAGAAGCUCAGCGCCGACAGCCGGUGCGAACAGACGGGCGACGAGAAACAGGAUACACAGGAGAAGGAAGCAGUCAUCCCUGAGAGAGCAGAAGAAGCAAAACUAAAGGCCAAAUAUCCUAAUUUAGGACAGAAGCCAGGAGGGUCAGACUUCCUAAUGAAAAGACUGCAGAAAGGGCAAAAGUAUUUUGACUCGGGUGACUACAAUAUGGCCAAGGCAAAGAUGAAGAACAAGCAGUUGCCAACCACCGGGCCAGACAAUAACCUGGUCACAGGAGACCAUAUCCCGACACCACAAGAUCUUCCACCGAGAAAGUCAUCACUUGUAACCAGCAAGCUGGCAGGGCCUGAAAACCAUGUUGAUUCAAUGGCUGCAGCUUGUGGAAUGCAAGAUCACAACUGAUAAUGCAUGUCAAAUAUGGUCUUCGUGUGGCAUAGAAAAUACAGCAUUUCACCUGGAACACAAGAUUGAACUGCAUUUAUAAUCUUGAGGAAUAUUUUAUCAGAGAUGCAACAAUGUGGUGGGUUAAAAGGUGUUUCACUGGAACGAUAAUUUUAAGAUUUCAGCAUGCAGCUUGCUGUGCUGAAAGCAAACAUGAAUCUCUGUUUUAAGUCCAGAAUUUAAAGAUUUGGGUUUGUUUGUUUGUUUUUGGGGGACGGGGGAGGGAAUCUGUUUAAUCAGUUCAUUCUGUAGGAUACCAUAUCGAGGUCAAGAAAACCCAAUGAAAGGUAACACUUGAAACUCCACAAUUGAUGUAGCUUUGUCUACAUACAUUCUCUGCUAUGCCUUACUUUAGGGACUAAAAAUUACCAAGUAAUUCAUACAAAGGUCUGUUUCAGUUGACCAUGUUUUGCUGAUGAUGAUUUUAAAUGGAAAACAUGGUAUUGCUCUAGCUAAUCAGGGUAUUUCUAAAAGUCAUGUUUCAAAAAAGAAGUAAAAAGCCAAACCUGACAUAUCGUACAAAUCAACAUCCAUGUUUCGGAGGUUGUAAAGAACCAUUUUUUUUUCUUUUCAUAGAGACUGGUCAAUAAAAAGUCAAUUUCACCAGAGUGAAAAGGAGACGGGGUUUAGCGGGGAGUGGGAAAUUCCUUCUUUGUAAAUGUGUAAUUUCAUUCUUUAGUCUCAGUCUCCUCAUGCCUUAUGUCCAGGUUCGAAUCUGAGAAGGUUGGGGGGAAAAGCUACUGGUGUCUUGUAUAAUCUCCUCAAAUGUCUUGCUGUUUGUCCCAGCCACAUUGUAAAUAGAUAUGAAUCAUAUAUAUAUAAAUAUAUAUAAUUUUUUACAUCAUCUUCAUCUCUAUCUUCUAUUGUUCUAUGCUUUUUUCUUAAAAAAAACAAAAAAAACCAAAAAAACUGCUCUUGCACUACUGAGUACCUGUCAGCUGUUGGCUAAACCUUCAUGGUGGUGUUCUCAGUGAAAUCUGAUUGACAGGGAGAACAGAGAGGGGAAUGAACAUGUCGAACCAUUUCCCCCCGCUCCCUCCAGGAUUCAGGAAAUACCAAGUGUAUUUAUAUAGAAAGGAGGAAGAAAUUACCUUCAAAAUACUGAGUGAGAAACAUCAGGAGAGAUGAUUAUUUUAAAAAAUAAACUUGUCUCAAACACA